GUCGCGCGGCAACGCGCGGAGCCGGCGGAAAUGGGGCUGAUGUCCCGCGGCGGGCCUGGGGGCCGCGAGCAUCGACGUCCUCCCGGGCCCGCCGGACGCGGUUCCCAACCCAGUCCCUUCCCUACCGCUCGGGGACGCGGCCCAGGGAAGCAGCCGGGUCCCCGGCAUGGUGCUCAAGGCCUUCUUCCCCACAUGCUGUGCCUCAGCAGACAGUGGACUACUGGUGGGACGGUGGGUCCCGGAGCAGAGGAGUGCUGUGAUCCUGGCUGUGGUGCACUUUCCCUUCAUCCCCAUCCAAGUCAAGGAGCUCCUGGCCCAGGUGCAGAAGACCAGCCAAGUACAAGUGGCUGUGCUAGGCACCUGGUGCCACCGUCAGCAGGAACCCGAGGAGAGCCUGGGGCACUUCCUAGAGGGCCUGGGUGCCAUCUUCUCCCAUGAUCCCUGGUUGCAGCUGUGCCGGGAAAGGGGUACCAGGUUCUGGAGCUGCAAGGCCACUUACCGUCAGGUGUCUGACACUCCGGCCACUGAAGACCAGGUCAUGCUCAUCUUCUACGAUCAGCGCAAGUUGCUGCUCUCCUGGCUGCAUCCACCAGCAGUACUGCCUGGCUGCCAGGGUGGAGAGACCACACCCAGCACAGGAGGCCUAGCUGACAUCUUUGACACUGUGGCACGAAGUGAGGUGCUCUUCCGAAAUGACCAGUUUGUUGAGGUCCCGGUACGCCUAAGCCACUGGCAGUCAGAGGGCGUGGAGGCCAGCAUCCUCGUGGAGUUGGCAAAGCGGGCCUCGGGGCCUGUCUGCUGGCUGCUGACCUCUCUGCUGUCUCUGCUCUCAGCUGCUAGUGCUUGCCGGCUGUGGAAGCUCUGGCCCCUUUCUUUCAUCAGAAGCAAGCUCUCCACCUGUGAACAGCUCCAGCACCGCCUCAAACACCUCUCACUUAUCUUUAGCACCGAGAAAGCCCAGAGUCCCAUGCAGCUGAUGAGGAAAGCCAACAUGCUGGUGUCUGUGCUACUGGAUGUGGUCCUUGGCCUGCUGCUGCUCUCCUGGCUCCACAGCAACAACCGGAUUGGACAGCUGGCCAACGCCCUGGUCCCCGUGGCUGAUCACGUGGCUGAGGAGCUCCAACAUCUGCUGCAGUGGUUGAUGGGUGCUCCUGCUGGGCUCAAGAUGAAUCGGGCACUGGAUCAGGUGCUAGGCCGCUUCUUCCUGUACCACAUCCAUCUGUGGAUCAGCUAUAUCCACCUUAUGUCCCCCUUUAUUGAGCACAUCCUGUGGCAUGUGGGCCUCUCAGCCUGCCUAGGACUGACUGUUGCCUUGUCCAUCCUUUCGGACAUCAUUGCCCUCCUUACCUUCCACAUCUACUGCUUCUAUGUCUACGGUGCCAGGCUGUACUGCCUGAAGAUCUAUGGCCUCUCCUCUCUGUGGCGUCUGUUCCGGGGGAAGAAGUGGAAUGUUCUGCGCCAGCGGGUGGAUUCCUGUUCCUAUGACCUUGACCAGCUGUUCAUUGGGACCUUGCUCUUCACCAUCCUGGUCUUCUUGCUGCCUACCACUGCUCUGUACUACCUGGUAUUCACCCUGCUCCGGCUCCUGGUGAUCACUGUGCAAGGCCUAAUCCGUCUGCUUGUGGACCUCAUCAACUCCCUGCCCCUCUACUCCCUUGGCCUUCGACUCUGCCGACCGUACAGGCUGGCCGCUGGUGUGAAGUUCAGAGUUCUGGAACAGGAAGCAGGCAGGCCCCUCCGCCUCCUGAUGCAGAUAAACCCCCUGCCCUAUGGCCAUGUGGUGCGCACCUACCGCCUGCCUAGCUGUGGCUGCCAUCCCAAGCACUCCUGGGGUUCCCUGUGCCGAAAGCUGUUCUUCGGAGAGCUCAUCUACCCCUGGAGGCAGAGAGAGGACAAACAGGACUGAGCAGCUGGACACAGCCUACCCAUAGCUACUACACAGCCAUCGCGCUCCCUCUCUGCCCGAGAGCAGUGACCAUGGGUUUAUCUCAGGUCCCAUGGGCCAACCAGACACUCUGUGCUGAAUGUAGGCAGGUCUUACCUUUGAGAUACUGCUCUGGCUUUCAGGCCCUGUGAGCUUCAGUCCUGUACUCCAUCUCCCUAGCACAGUGGUUCUCAACUUUCCUAAAGCUGCGACCCUUUAAUACUUACUGUUCCUCACGUUGUGAUGACCUCCAGCCAUAAAACUAUUUCGUUGCUACUUCAUAACUGUAAUUUUGCUACUGUUAUGAACUGUAAUGUAAAUAUUUUUUUCCUAUGGUCUUAGGCGACUCCUGUUGCCUAAGGGUCGUUCACCUCCUAAAGGCAUCGCAGCCCACAGGUUGAGACCCACUGCUCUGGCACCACCUGUGCGGACCCACCUGCUUUAUUGUGGUCGGUGCACUGAGCCUGAUUCCUAGGAGUGCUCAGACUCUGGGAUAUGCUGGCAGGUGUCCUUGGCUGCUUUAGUGGGUGGGAGCAUUCCUGGGUACCUGGUGCACUCAAGGAACCUCAGCAGAACGUUUCCAUCUGGGGAGCGGAGGCAGCUGCUGAUUCCCUGCCCCAGCAAACUAAUCUCUCACUCUGUGCUUCACGGGUCUGCCUGUUGCUGCUCCCUGGAGAUUGCUUUGUGAAGUUGCUGCUAAUAGGCCACUGGGUGCCCUUUGCCUGAAGUCACACCGUACGGGGUGAUUGGAUACCUGCCUACCUGACUGCCUUGCUCUUGCGUAGUGCCUCAUGUGGGAUAGGCCCUUUGGCACAAUAUUCUUUCUUCUCUCAUUGACCCAUUAUAGGACCAGACAGCUCUCGUCUGGACAGGCACUUCUGUGGCUCAGUCUGUGAAUGACCUGGGGGAAGUGGAAUGGCCAGGGUUCCCUGCCACUUAGUAGGAGCCCAUGUGAGCUAGUCCCAAGCGGACAGGAAGCCUCAUUGCCUGAGGGUCUAGAAGCAUCUGCUGUGGGCAGGAGGGGCAGCCAGCCCUGCCUGUCUCUCAAGAGCACUCAGGACUAUCCACAUUGGUCAUCUGUGCCUGCUUCCCUUUGCUAUAGGCCACAGGAGGGUGUUGGUGAAGAUGAAUCCUGACCCUGUGGUGACAAUAAAACCUCAUGAAUUUGGA